UAAAUGAAACACAGAUAUUUUGAACUGGAUCCUAUGAGCACAGUGCGUUCAUACUACCAUACCUGCAGUUGUAUCACUCAAGGAUGUGCCUCAAAAACAAAGGAGUAACUUCACAUCACGUUGCUUUGGUCAACAACUACGAAAGCCGUGACACAGCAGCACAGACUUCAGUGCUGAUAAAUAAAGCAAACUGCUGCUUUCUGACUUCCUUUGAAAGAUAUGACAGCUGCGUAUCCCCACGAUGUGACACUGUUUAGUAAGUGACUAUUUUCUUGACUUCAGCUACCAUUCACUGGAAAAAGAAAAAAAGAAAAAAGCUUAGUGGUCAUUGUUUUACUGGACUGGAGAGGCUGGUCUUCUGCAGAAGCUUAGAGGAAAACACAUUUCCUUCAGAAGAAAGAGGCAAGAAACAUCAGCUGACAGCUGUUUCAAGAGCUGCCUUUAAAAAGAAGGCAACAUGACAACUGCAGAUGAUGUUACCUUUUAUUAUAACUUCUCAGCCAUUGAUCCCAAUGAAAACGGAAUUGAGAAUUUUUACACAUUUAUAAGUAUCUUUCUGCCCUGUAUGUAUUCGUUUGUUUUUAUCUUUGGGCUAGCAGGAAAUGCUCUGGUCUUUAUCAUACUGGUCCUCUAUGAGAAACUGAAGACACUGACAGAUAUAUUUUUGUUGAACUUGGCUAUAGCUGACUGGAUCUUCCUUUGGACACUGCCAUUCUGGGCAUAUUCUGCUGCUCAGGAGUGGAUUUUUGGCACUGUGGCAUGUCGUAUUAUACGGGGCCUGUACAAUCUGAACUUGUACACUUCAAUGUUAACUCUAACGUCUAUCACCUUUGACAGGCUUAUUGCUAUUACUUUUGCCACCAAAGCACAUAUGUGUCAAACCAAACGAAUGAAAUGGGGCAAAUUAAUCUGUGGCUUGAUCUGGGUGAUUUCACUAGCAUUUGCCACACCACAGCUUAUUUUUAGUGAUGUGUUUACUAUCGAUAAGGCAGUAUGUCUGGAAAAAUACCCAAACCACCACACAGAAUUGGUUCUUGAAGUUAUUCAAGUGACCCUUGGUUACUUUAUUCCCAUGCUAACCAUGAUCAUCUGCUACUCCCUCAUUAUUAAAACCUUACUGCAUGCCAGGAAUUUCCAAAAGAACAAAUCUCUAAAAAAAAUAUUUUCUGUAGUUGCCAUAUUUAUUCUUACGCAGUCACCCUACACUUUCUUGAGACUGAUGAAGAUCAUAGACUGGAGCUUUAACUUGGACAGCAACUUUGACUAUGCAAUCGUUAUAACAGAAGCUCUGGCUUAUUUCCACGGCUGUCUUAACCCUGUUAUGUAUUUCUUCAUGGGGGUGAAAUUCAGGAAGAACUUCCAGAAAAUUAUUAAAAACUCGAGAUGCUUUAAACAGCAAGUUACUGUUAAACAGUGGCACACCACUGAAGAGGAAGGCUCUAGAACUUAUACUGUCUCAAAUAAUGCAGAUGCAACAAGCAUGUAUCCUCUAUAAAACUGUCCAGAGUACAUGGCAAGU